AUGGCCAAUAAACUCUCUGCCGAAACUCUCUCAACAAUUUUCGAAUACUUAACAAAAGAGCAAUUAUUCCCAAUCGCUUUCGUCAACAAAUUGUGGUGUAACUCGGUGGUUCGAGUACUUUGGCGAUCUCCGUUUCAAUUUUAUAAUGAGCUGAUCGAUGAUGAAUACGAAGAAAACGAAAAAGACGAAGAAAAAAUUAAAAAAGGAAGUGCUGUGAUACGCACUUUGAUGACUUUUCUUGGGGAAGACGAUAAGAAAUUGCUUGUCGAACAGGGACUCGAAUUACCUCCGAAACCGGAAAAACCCACAGAUUCUGCACUCGCAUUUAAUUAUCCGUCAUUCAUCAUUGUCUUUGAAUACACCAAUAUCCUCUUAUCGAUCGAGGAUUGGUUAGACACUUCGACGAAAUUACAACAUCAAAGUGAUCAGUAUAAAAUCUUGCACGAGGAGAUAUUCAAAACAUUGAGUAAAUUAAUUUUCGCGGAAUCGCCGGGAAUUGAUGAAUUAACUUGCACCACAUCAUACAAACUCGAUCUAUUUACUAUUCCAAACGCGGUUAAUUGUCUGUCGAAAAUCACGAAAUUCUCCGGCGAUUUCAUAAAUAUCUCAAAAGAGUUUUUCAUUGCAGCGUCUCAGCAUUGCGUCGGAAUUAAACACCUUUCACUUCAUCAAUGUACAGACGACGAAGUCUUGACAGACUUUAUUGUCAAUCAACAAAAACUCGAGACGCUUGAAAUUAAAGGAAUCGAUGAGCCAUUGCCGGAGGUGAUUGAGGUAAUAAAGAGAAAAAGUUCGACAUUGAAAAAAUUGGUUAUUGAAGAAGUGAUCUCAUUGUCGCCAACAUUGCUUGUUGGCUUGGAAAAUUUGGAAGAGUUUAGAUUAAAACAUUUCUAUGAUCCUACCAGCGAAGACAUUCAAGAAUUUUCAGAGACGAUGGAAGGAAUCGCAGAGACACGAUUCAAUAAUUUGACAUCUUUACAUUUAUUAAUUGAUGAAGCAGAUCCGGAAAUACUUGCGCGUAUUUUAGAGAACACAGAUAUGAAAUUGAAAUCAUUUACGUUGAGUUAUUUGAAAUUCGAAGGAGAAUUAGACGCAAACGAUUUAUGGGAAGCGAUCGCGGGAUUUUGUCCGGUUUUGGAGAAACUUCAUCUGGAAACAUUUCAACUAAGCGAAGUACUCAACGGUCUUCCAACCAUUUUCGGAGGAUGUAUUCUCCUACGAGCAUUGACCAUUUCAGAGCAUAAGGAAGGCGAAGGUGAAUACGGGCCAUUUGAUAUUUCAGACGAAUUUGCUAUACUGGGACCUUUGGUUCCUCCCGCUUUACAAAUUUUGGAUUUAAGCCAAGCAGAUGCUAUUUGCACACCACAAGCUCUUGAAGAAUUUCUCGAAGGAUGUGUCGAGAGAUUGAACAAGCCGUUAUUGUUGAAAUUGGAUUCUCAGUAUCUUGAGCCUACGCAUUCUGAUGUUCUGCAUUUGUUCGGUGAAGAAGGAUUUAACGAGAGUGGAAAUGAAAAUUCCAGAGAAAGAAUCUUCACCAUUUUUCCGAGACCUAAUUCGGAUGCAGCAGAUAAUGAACAAUAG